AUAUAGUUUUUUUUGCAAGGGUACAUACGCAUAUGUAUAAGGGGAAAAAAUAAACAAUUGACCCUAGACGGCUCGAGACCUUCAGAGUAUCCAGUCCACGAGGAAGUCACCGAACCUUUUAAGGCCGCAUAAAAGGGGUUGCGGGCAGGGUUUCUUGGAAAAUCGUCACCAUGCUUGGCAUUGCGAAUUUCUUUGGGCAUCAGUUGAUCGGCCGAAGAUGGAGUAAAGAAGAGAAGAAGCGAAUCAUCGACCGGUUCGGCUCUUGGAGACACCAUCCAACUGGGGCCUCUUUUUUUCAAAAAAAAUUUUAAAAAACCCGACCAAAUACCUUCGACUCAUUUCACGCAUUAUUAUACUUAUUGACUUUCCAUUUUUUUUUUCUACAUACUUGCAAGUCUUGAUAAAAAUUUUCGUAUUUUUACUACCGAAUUAAUUGCCAAAUAUUUGUGGAAACAAACGCGUAAUGCGUUGGCAUUUGUUAUUUUUUUUAAUAGUAUAGUGAAAACCCUCAAAAAUAUAAAACCCAGCGGAACCGUGACACGACCCUUGGCGGCGAAAAUAAAUAAAUAUAAUGAGUGGCCAGGAAGCUAGUGGCGGUAAAGACAAAUCAAAAGCACCGCCCGAGACUCCAAAUUACGCGGAAGCCUCGGAGCCUCAGUUAUCCAAAGGCUCAAUAGCAUCAGGCGAGAACAGUCAGAUCGACGGUUGUGAUUCUCGUCCAGAGCGAAUCUCGAGUGUUCGACAUCAAGCCCAAGUCUACUUGACCGACCAUAAAAUCUUCGAGUUCACCAACUAUCUGAUCACUCAUUUACUAAUCGAUGAGCCGGACAAUCCAAUCCAAUAUCUUGCGGAUCUCAUUGGCAAGUGUCUGUUGUUCAAAGCUGACUUGGGUCCUCCUCCGCUUGUUUUCAGCGACAGACACAUUGACGGAAUAUUCCAGAGCUUCGAUCCAUUACGCACUGGGAAUAUCACCCUGGAUCAGUACAAAAUGGCCAUGAAGUUGCUCGGAAUCUUUGGCUGUCAUCAAAAACCACCAGAGUGUACACCAGACAAAGUAGACAAAGAAACCUUCCAAGCAGAAGUAAAAAAUCAUUUGAUAGCCGGAUUAGCAGAACUAGUUGGCAAGAGCAGCAAGUAACUUUAUAAUCACCAAAGAUGUUUUUUAAAUACUAAAAGUACGAAACCGAAGAAUGUGCAGUGGCUGUAUCAUCUGGC